AUGAAAAACGUCAACAGCGGCACACGAGAUUGAAAAUUCUGGCGGCUCCAAAACAAACUUGCUGGAAAAGAUACGAAUAGAAAUAAAAACACCCAAGAUAGAAAAUAAGAAAGUCAAGGGUGCAAGAGAGAGUGAAAGAUGGUGUUGUGGGAGAUCACAUUGGGGACGGCUUAUUUCUUGGGGCUUAAACGAACUUACAGGCUUGCUUUGAAGAUUCAGCGUCGGAUUAUUAGCCCUAAGCGUCCCAGGAUUCGACAAUUUGUUCACAGAAAGAUAAUCGGAAGAUUGGGGCUCAAGUCUCUACAUCCGAGCUCAUCGUUCUGCCUCAGGAGAGACAGACGAACACGUGCUGUAUUUGACAUAGCACUCAAGGUUCACCAGAAUAUACAACAGAGAGACUUGGAAGUUGGUAGGAACCUUGGUAACUGGAUCCUCCGCUGGCUUGACAAAAUGAAACCUUCUGCUCAAAUCCGACCUCCAAGCCACCAGAAACUCCACCAUGGUACCGGCAGUGCAAAAAUGAACAUCACAAAGCAAGUGAAUAACUCAUCAAAAACUCCUAGAAGCUUGCAGACACCACGAAACAGUGAAGCUGAUAAACGUCUUUUUAGUUCAUCAACGUAUAUGCUGUCUAAAUCCCUCCCUACAAUUGCAAUGAUGAUUCGGCCACCAAGGGCCGCAGGAAACAUGACUCAGUACAGGCAUUUGAGCAUCAAUGGACCUCACACACUGAGGUUGAACUACACAAGAGGCGAAGGAGUUAUUAGAAAGGAUAUAAUGCAAUGGAUGCUGCACAACUGAAGAUUUGAAACUCUUUUCCGUUUGCAUUUGUGGACUUCAGAAACUCGCUAUGGUCGUGGAAGGGGGUUAUGUUUGGUGCUGGAAACUGUUAUUUUGAAAGGAUACAUUGCUUUUGUGUUUGGGCUGUUCAUGGGAUAAUAAAAUGUACUUGUCAUCUCCGUUUUGUAUAUUCUUUCGAGUCUAUAUGUUCCAGCAUUCUGUUGCUUGGAGAACACGGAUGUUAUGACAUUGUCGUUAUGUUAUACAAGAUCUGUGAAUCAUUUGGUUUGCCAUUGCCA